AUGUCGAACUCACGUAAUGGCUCAAGUAAUGAGCACAUCGAAUUACAAGACUAUAAAGGUAAUUCAGAAAAAAACAGCACAACCGUUUAUAUAGACUCGAAUGAAAAUGAGGUCGAAUAUUUGUCCGAUAAGGAUGCGUCUACUUCAGCAGACUACACUUACAAGGACUUGAAUCCAAGUGACAAGAAAAAAAAAUCAAAUAUCAAACGGUUUAUCGACUCUUUCAAACAACCAAUCCGUCCAAACAGCGACUACAUCGAUGCUGCUGAAUUGGACUACGAGCAAGCUUUAGAAAAUGGCAUCACUACAAGUGUGUCACCAAGUGCUCCCAAUUUGAGAAAGCUCAACCAACUAAGAACUCCAACUGAUGCAAACGACAAUAAGGCAUUGAAACAAACUAUUAGACCAAGACAUGUCGUCAUGAUUUCAUUGGGGACAGGUAUUGGUACCGGUUUGCUGGUCGGUAACGGUACAGCUUUGAAAAAUGCAGGUCCGGCGGGCUUGGUCAUUGGCUACUCAAUCAUGGGUAGCAUCAUCUAUUGUAUUAUUCAGGCUACUGGUGAGAUGGCUAUUGCCUACAGUAAUCUGCCAGGUGGCUAUAAUGUGUAUCCAUCUUUCUUGGUGGAGAAAGGUUUCGGUUUUGCUAUCGCUUGGGUGUAUUGUAUCCAAUGGUUAACCGUCUGUCCCUUGGAAUUGGUUACUGCUUCGUUGACAAUUAAAUAUUGGACGACUUCUGUGAAUUCAGAUAUCUUCGUGGCAAUUUUUUACGCUCUGAUUAUCAUCAUCAAUGUCUUCGGGGCAAAAGGUUAUGCAGAGGCAGAAUUUUUUUGUAACUGUUGUAAAGUGCUGAUGAUGAUAGGGUUCUUCAUUCUAAGUAUCACGAUCACAGCAGGUGGCGCAGGCAAUGAUGGAUAUCUAGGUGGCCUUUACUGGCACACCCCAGGUGCCUUCAGAGGUGAUUCGUCAAUUGAUCACUUUAAAGGCAUUUGCGGUACUUUGGUCACUGCCGCAUUCGCUUAUGGUGGUACGGAAUUUCUGGCUUUGACCGCUGCUGAACAAUCUAAUCCAAGAGCUGCAAUCCCAUCCGCUGCAAAAAAAGUUCUAUAUAGAAUCAUCUGCGUCUAUUUAAUCUCAAUCUUAAUGAUAGGCUUCCUAGUGCCAUUCGACUCAACAAGAUUAUUGGGGUCCGAUGGCUCCGCCACAUCCGCAUCUCCAUAUGUGUUGGCUGCUUCUUUACAUGGUGUCCGUGUCGUUCCUCAUUUUAUCAAUGCAGUCAUUCUAAUCUCAGUCCUAUCGGUUGGUAACUCUGCGUUCUACUCAAGCUCGAGGUUGUUGAUGUCGUUGGCUAGACAAGGUUACGCUCCAAAAUGGUUCGACUACAUCGACAGAGAGGGAAGGCCGGCUAGAGCCAUGUUGAUGUCCGCUUUAUUCGGUGUCAUCGCCUUCUGUGCUGCUUCUCCAAAGGAAACUGAAGUCUUCACAUGGCUAUUGGCUAUCUCAGGUUUAUCACAAUUAUUCACAUGGUGCGCUAUUUGUUUAUCGCACAUUAGAUUCAGAACAGCAAUGAAAGUGCAAGGCAGAUCUUUAGGUGAAGUAGGAUAUUUAGCUCAAACUGGUGUCUGGGGUUCAUGGUACGCACUUUUCAUGAUGUUUUUGAUCUACAUCGCUCAAUUUUGGGUUGCUAUUGCUCCAAUUGGUUCUGGUGAAUUAAGUGCUCAAAAUUUCUUCGAGAAUUACUUAGCUAUGCCAAUUUUAAUCGUGCUAUAUCUAGGUUAUAAAAUUUACUAUAAAGACUGGACACUUUUGAUAAAAGCUGAGGAUAUUGAUUUACAAAGCCACCGUCAAAUUUUCGAUGAAGAUUUGUUAAAGGAAGAGGAUUUUGAAUAUAGACAACGUUUAAAGAAUGGCCCAUUCUGGAGAAGAGUCGUCGAUUUCUGGUGUUAG